AUGUGCAGCAAUCUUCCGGUGAUUUAUAAUCGGGCCAGGCAUUGAAUGAAUAAUCCGGCCCAUUUGGUGAUGGCAUGAAAAACCCUAAAACUGAAUUCUGAAGAAACGCAUAUUGUUUGACACUCUGGAAGAGGGAAUCAUACCGAUACAAUGGCGUACGCUGCAAUGAAGCCCACUAAACCCGGUUUGGAGGAAACUGAGGAACAGAUCCAUAAGAUCAGGAUCACCCUUUCCUCUAAGAAUGUCAAGAAUCUCGAAAAGGUUUGCGCCGACCUGGUUCGUGGUGCCAGGGACAAGCGCCUCAGGGUCAAGGGACCUGUUAGGAUGCCAACCAAAGUUCUUCACAUCACCACCAGAAAAUCCCCGUGCGGUGAAGGCACCAACACAUGGGACAGAUUUGAGCUGCGUGUGCACAAGAGGGUCAUUGACCUCUACAGUUCCCCAGAUGUGGUCAAGCAGAUUACCUCAAUCACAAUUGAACCUGGUGUAGAGGUUGAGGUGACCAUUGCCGAUGCUUGAUUUUGGCCCAAUUUUUGGUAGUUUAUUUUGUAAUUUAUUCUCUUGCCUAGGAUUUAUGUUCAGUCCUAUUCAUUUCGGUUAAUGCAUUUUUGCCGAUGAAAUUUUGAAGUUGGAUUGUUGUGGAGGGGAAUUGAUUUGAUCAUUAUCUUUAUGUUCCGAAAUAUUUUCCUUUAAAUGAUUUUUCUUUCA